AUGUCGACACUAUACAACCUCGAACCGCCGCCGACGGCCAAGGUCCUGCUCAACACCACAUCCGGCGAUCUCGUCGUCGAAGUCUUUGCCAAACAAGUCCCUCUCGCGUCUCGCAACUUUCUCCAACACUGUCUGAAUGGCUACUACGAUGGCACCAUCUUCCACCGCUUGGUCCCAGGUUUUAUCAUCCAGGGCGGCGACCCUACUGGAACUGGUUCUGGUGGUGUGAGUACUGUCAACGAUGGCGCCCCUUUCGCCGAUGAAUUCCACUCGCGACUCAAGUUCAAUCGUCGUGGUCUGCUGGGCAUGGCAAACUCUGGAGACAAGAAUGACAACACUUCGCAAUUCUUCUUUACCUUGGACAAGACCCCCGAGUUGCAGGACAAGAAUACCAUGUUUGGUCGUAUCGAAGGAGACACCAUUUACAACCUGAUGAAGAUGGCCGAGGCCGAUUUGGCUGGCGAGUCAGACCGACCACUAUAUCCUACUCGCAUUAUGUCCACCGAGGUUCUACUCAACCCCUUCAGUGACAUGGUCAAGCAAGCUUCAAUCGCCAUAUCCACAACACAAGAGACAAAGGCUCCCAAGAAGAAGCGCAAGGCCACAAAGACUCUCCUGAGUUUCGGAGGAGAAGAAGGAGAAGAGCCCGCUGCUCCUGUUGUCAAGAAAGUUAAGGUCAAUCCCAACUUUACUCAAGCCGAGCCACAACAGAAGGAAGUCUCAAACAAAUCUGCCUUGCCAAAGGUCCCAGAGCAACCAAAACGAGAGAAGCCUGUCCGCAAAUCAUCCUCACCUCCUGCACCAACACCAGCGAUACGUCAAGCACCUGUCCCUACAACAAAACCCGCGCCCGCACAAUCUCCCUCGCCUUCACCAACACCCUCGCCAGAACGUCGCAAGCCGACUGCCCUUGAACGUACCAAUGCCGAAAUCGCUCAACUAAAAGCUUCAAUGAAACGUACGACAACAACCACCUCAGCCCCCGAAAAGAAACUCUCCGCCCUCGAAUCCAUGAUCCCAGCAUCAGCAACCCGCGGCCGCAAACGCGGCAAAGCAAAAGAAGACGCCUCCUCCCUGUCCACCUUCAACGCCUUUAAGAAGCGACUAGAAAAACUGCCCGCCGAGAAAGAACCCGCCACAGCCACAACAACCACAGCUGCCAUACCAGAAGUCAACACCACGCAAACAGAAUCAGCACUGGAUACAGAAGACAAACUCUGCGAUCUGCACUUCAUCGCCAACUGCCAGAGUUGCAGCACGUGGCAUGAUGAAGACGAAAACAAGGAAGAGGAGGAUGACAAUGAUGCAACUUGGAUGUCUCACGCACUGAGUUUCGCCAAAGAUACUUUGGGCAAGGAUCUGGAGUGGAAGAGGAAAAUGGAAGAAUUCGAGGUUAUCGAUCCGAGAGAGAAGACGAGAGAGAUUGUGGGUGAUAAGGGGAGGAAUAAGGGCAAAGAGUGGGAUAGAGAGAGGGAGAGGAAAGGCAAGGGGAGGGCUUGA